AUGGUCUAUUGGGUGUCUGGUACGGAUGCUUUACUUUCUGUACUUUCAUGGAUAUUUUUGUUACUGGAGUUAAUAACAAACCAUCAUCGAGCCGACGAUGGUAAUGCAGCUAUUCCUCUGCUUCCUCAUGCCGAUAGUGGUGGUGGUAGUGCUCGAACACGAAGAAUUAUUUAUUGUAUAAUUGAUUUCAUUUUUAUUGGCUUGAUUGUUGGUAUGUGCCUGUGGUGUGCAUCAAAACAACCGACAAAACAAUAUUUAUAUCCAACAGCUGAGGAUUGGGGACAUAUUACAUGUCUACCACCCGACACAGAGUAUGGCAAAAAUCCAAUUCUUAACGAACCGAGCCAGUUAUAUCAUAAUUUAGCUAAUAUUGUUGGCUUUCUGUGUAUUAUUCGAUCACAAUGGGCACUGAUCUUUAGACAUCAACACUAA